AUGGCCGGAGGAAGGAGAGGACUUGUAGCCCCUCAAAACACUUUUUUAGAAAAUAUUGUCAGACGAUCUAACGGUAAGGAUCAUGCUCCAAUGAGAUGUGCUAUGCCUAUGAUAAUUAUCUUGAGAAUGGAGUAGACCUAAAAAAAACUUUUAUGUUUGGGUUUUAAAUCAUCGAUGAAGCCUACCCUCUUUGGCGUGUAAAAACGCAUACGAAUGGCUAGGAUCGAAAAACUGCGCGAUCUUUCUCCCUAAACGUCGUCGUGACUUGGAAUCUUCAGAAUAACCAUAACACAAAAGGAAACAAUUUCCAUAUCCUUUCCAAACGUCUGUACUUAGUAAAAGUUGUAUGGUAAUCAAUGAACUUAUCAAAUGGGAUACAAUUACUAGGGUAUUUGUCAGGCACAUCUAUUUUUUUAGUCAGGCUUGGGCACAUCCCAUCUCCAGAAAGUCGCUUCUUAUUUUAUCUUAUGUGCGAUCUUACUACCAUGGAAUCAGCAGCAACGCACAAUUUGGUAAAUUAUGCAGCCUAAAAAUAGCCUAGGCUAUUUGUCGGUAGUCUGCCUAUAAAGUAAAAGAAAAUACAUCUUGAAUAAACACAUUUUAUAUACUUCAUAAAUUAGAAUGUAUGAUUAAAUUACACUUUAAAGUUGUUUGGCCUGUUGGCUGGUUAAACUAUACUAUCUGCUUAUAUCGUUUUGAGAAAAUAAACCCAAAGAAUAGGCUCUCUGUUCCAUCCUCUUUAUUGGUGUGGCUUUGGGGCGGCAGGUAGCUUAGUGGUUAAGAGCGUUGUGCCAGUAACCGAAAGGUCACUGGUUCUAAUCCCCGAGCCGACUAGGUGAAAAAUCUGUCGAUGUGCCCUUGAGCAAGGCACUUAACCCUAAUCGCUCCUGUAAGUCGCUCUGGAUAAGAGCUUCUGCUAAAUGACUAAAAUGUAAAUGAGAGGAUGGAUAUAGUCGUUGUUCUCAACAUGUAAUCCAACCGAUAUAAACAGGCCCCCAUACAAACCAUUUCUGUAUGGACCUCACUUUGUGCACGGGGGCAUUGUCAUGAUGAAACAGGAAAGGGCCUUCCCCAAACUGUUGCCACAUAGUUGGAAGGACAGAAUCGUCUAGAAUGUCAUUGUAUGCUGUAGCAUUAAGAUCUCCCUUCACUGGAACUAAGGGGCCUAGCCCGAACCAUGAAAAACAGCCCAAGACCAUUAUUCCUCCUCCACCAAACAGUUGGCACUAUGCAUUGGGGCAGGUAGCGUUCUCCUGGCGUCUGCGAAACCCAGAUUCAUUCAUUGGACUGCCAGAUGGUGAAGCGUGAUUCAUCAUUCCAGAGAACGCGUUUCCACUGCUCCAGAGCCCAAUGGCGGCAAGCUUUACACCUCUCCAGCUGACACUUGGCAUUGCGCAUGGUCAUUUUAGGAUUGUGUGCAGCUGCUCGGCCAUGGAAACCCAUUUCAUGAAGCUCCCGACGAACAGUUAUUGUGCUGAUGUUGCUUCCGAGGCAGUUUGGAACUCGGUAGUGAAUGUUGAAACCGAGGACAUAUGAUUUUUAUGUGCUUCAGCACUCGGCGGUCCCCUUCUGUGAGCUUGUGUGGCCUACCACUUCACAGCUGAGCCGUUGUUGCUCCUAGACGUUUCCACCUCACAAUAACAGCACUUAGUUGACCGGGGCAGCUCUAGCAUGGCAGAAACUUGACGAACUGACUUGUUGGAAAGGUGGCGGCGCCACAUUGAAAGUCACUGAGCUCUUCAGUAUGGGUCAUUCUACUGCCACUGUUUGUCUAUGGAGAUUGCAUGGCUGUGUGCUUAAUUUUAUACACCUAUCAGCAACGGGUGUGGCUGAAAUAGCCAAAUCCACUAAUUUGAAGGGGUGUCCACAUACUUUUGUGUAUAUAUAGUGUAUUUUUUUGCUAGAUGUGAAAUCUUUAAAUCAAUGUAAUAGCAUAGGUACCUUGCUAAUUCUCCACUAAUACAUAUUUUGAUUAAAAUACUUCAUUCAAUAUGAGUAAAUGUUAUUUGCCACCAACAAUUCCAUGAAAAAGGAAGAAUAGAUGUUUAAUUUAGCCUCCUUUGUCUUAGUCCAAACAGCAUCUGUAGAUUAACUGUUUACUUAAAUGUUCACUGAAAGUUUGCUUAACUGCAUGGUAAGUCAAUUCUGCCAAAAUACAAACAAAGUACAUAGUUAUUGGUAGCCUACCAAACUUAUGAAAGAAACACAAAUUAGUAGGACAGGUGUAGGUGGGCUGGAAGGACACAUCCAUAUCCAAUGAGUCAGCAAGGCGGGGUCAGGUGGGUAGGCUACAUUACCCAUGUGCACUUGCACCAUGCCUACUAGUUUGAGGCACACACCAAUUUUGGGGACACCCCUCUUACUCAUGAGCAUCCCUCCUUGGACAAUCAACCAAUGACCUUCUGUAAAACCAAAAUAAACUAAUUGAAAGACAGUCCUCAAGCCAUUAAAGUUUUCUCCUCGUCAAUUAAACACUUUCAGAAAAUACUGUUGUCAGCCAUUGUUGCCCAACUGUAGUCUAUUGGGGUCCCACUGUCUGGUCAGAGAUGUGUAGUGGUAACCAAUGAGUAGACGCACCAACCAGGGUCCUGUUUAUUAGGGCAGCAUUACAGUUUGUAUAAGUCUAGGUGUACAAGUCCAUUUUCUUCUGUUUGGUUCCCUAAUGAACAGGACCCUGGAUGACGCACGGCAGCCAUUAUGCACCAAGCUACUCCACACACACCAGUCAUAGCAGUGCAGUGCAGGGUAGGGUAGAAGGAGACACAUGGCAUGGAUUAGAGUGGACUCAUUGAUCGAAGUUCAGGAGGUAGAGUGAACAAGGGCAUUAGUAUGAUGCAUUGAGACCGGGUCAUAACCCAAGUUGUGUAUUUUGCAGUGUCACAAAACAUCUCCUUUUAGUUCAAGAGCUCAAAGAACGUGUGUAACUCUAUAUGUCGACAUGUGAAAUGUUGGUUGUGGAAAAAGCAUUGAAAACAUCACUCAAAUGAAACGUACCAGUUUGUUUGAAAUAAGUUUGUCACUGUUACUUUAACCAUUUUUCUUUUCAACUUUUCAGUAUGGACAUUAUCACAUAGACAGACAGGUAUAAACCCAACCCAUGUUUUGUAGUGCUGCUCAUGUUUUCCCCCUAAUCUCACUCUCUAUUAAUUCCAUGUACUAUGUCUGUUGUUCUCUACCAAUUGCUGUUAAUUUGCAAAGCAAAUUAAUCCAAGUCUAUGACCGGCUUAAAAUCCUGGCCUGGGGGGCAGAUACCUACUUAUUUUUGUCGCCUGUUCUCUUUUCAUUUAACAUCAACUUCUACUAAUUUGGAUUCACAGACACUACCCAGCUAAAGUUUCGGAAACGUUCUGUGCUAGCUGGGUAGUAACUGUUUGACUGUUAAUUAAAUUCCUAGGACCCUUCUUUUUCGUUGGGGCAUAGAUGACUGAUGCUUAGCUACCCAUCAGCGACGGCAUCCUACUGUUGUUUUUAAAAAAACAUUGUAAAAUAACAAAUGUUGGCAUGGAACGUUCUACUUCAUAGCACUGUGUUUGUGUCAGUUAUGUUACUGUUUGUCUUCAAUUAUCUUGGUGACGUUUGUAGUUUGGUAGAAUAGUGUGUGUAGUUUUGUAUUUUCUAUUGUUGAGUAGCACAUUUAGUUUGUUUUGUUCCCAUUCCAUGUUGAUGACGUGUGACUUUGACACGACAGACAGGACAUCAUUUUGUUAUUUAAUAUACUACUGCUGCUGCAGCAUGCACCUCUUCCAUAUUGAUUUAGUUUAAUGGAUGCCAGGUUGACUUUAUGUACUGGCAGAUUACAUUUAUUUUUUAUAACAACAAUGUGAAUAACAUUGUGCAAUAGUGGGAGGAAUCAACAUAUAAAAGAACAUAAAGCUAUAUUGUGAGCGAGAGAGAGGUCCCUGUAUUCUGUCAGGCGUGUACCUGUGUCUGUCAGUCCCUUAAUCUCAGCGCUGACAGGGCAAAAGCCUCCAGAGCGUUAAAGACAAGGAGACCCAACUGAAGCGCACACACAUACUGUGCUAUAUUGUCUUAGUGAGCAAUACAGAAGCUAUACUAUUUGAUACAAACUACCAACACAGCAGUUUCAGAAAUUUUGUCAAUAGAACCAUGUUAACAGUAUGGAACAAAUAUAAACUAAUUUGGGUACAAUCAUGUAAACAUGUUUUCUCAUGGUAAUGCUAUUUUGCCUUCAGAAAUGUAUGGUUGCUGUGCAGGUUUGAACAAGGCCCAGAGUACCUGGAGGAAUUGACAGUAGCAUGUCUUUUUAAAAGCUGCAUGGUAUGAAAUCUUUGUCAGUACAACUCUUGAGGCUUGACAUACACUGCUACGUCCUCACUCCUCUCCUAUUCCCACUUUCCCCCCUGGAUUCUGAGACGUUAACCUACUUUCUACACGUGUGUUGCUUCAGAGGAUUGGAUUGGAGUGAAGUUAAGUUUCCCUUUGAACAUGCAGAAUAACAGAGAUCAGUGCAGUGCUGUUCAUAGGUAUUACACCCAACUCGUAUUGCGACAGGGAUGUAACUACUGCACAGUGGUGUGACGGUACAGUAUAGCUCGGACUCUUUCUUCCUUUGUGUGCUGCAGUCAGCAAAGGGUUAAAUCUGGAUUUUAUAUAUGGUGGAAACUGUCCCUAAGAUUAGUGCGUUUUCUAUAAUCCUUUGUCCUAAAUAUCCUUACAAUUGCCAGUGUAUAUUCCCUCCCAUAAAAUAUGGUGGAACACAGCAAUUAAAACCACAUCUGUCUGUGGAGUGUGUGUAUAGCCAGGCCUGUUGACUCCAGUUAUGUAAUACAGUCUAUGGUUGAACCUUUAAGGUGCAGACUUUCAUCACUCUGUAGCUGCCUGAGUGGCUCCUAUGUCAAUCAUUUGUGAAUGGAUCAGAAGCCAAUUUGAUCCUCAUCACAUUGACUCAUGUAUUGUUGUCUUUUUAGAGCUUGCUUUCCCCCCCCCCUUCCCAAAAGCAAUAAUUUAUAAAAAUGUGAUAUUAUACAUGUACUAUGUAGCUGCAUAGAAACGCCAUUGUCAGCAUAGAAGUGUACUGUGGUAAACUAAGCUUCAGUGAGUCUGUUUCUGGGACAGGCGUUUCUAUGCCGUUCUGUAGUCGUGUAUCUGAAGGGGUAUUACAUUACAUAAGGGAAAGAAACAACAAACGAUCAUAUUUUAUAAUCACCUGCUAGUAUUUGUUAACCUUUUGAUGUUUACGAUCUCACAGAGGUGAGAAAUCAUCAAUUGUACAUGUACUGUACCAGGAACACUCAGAGUGGGAUUUUGACAGUGCUAAAAAUUGUAUCAUUUUAAAUACUCAGCAUGAUGGCUAUCUAUUUCAAAACAAAUCUACACUGUUUGAUUUAAACCCUGCGUGGAUUGUCUCUACUUUUGAAAUAAAUACUGUUGUCUCCAGUGUUGGGAGUGACCUCUCUUUUAACACAAUCUGCACAUAUUUGUUCGGUCAAAAUGAAGCCGCAGGUGUCAUGCAAUGCUUACGUAGGCAUUACUACAGUCUUAUGUAUACCCCUUCAAGCCUAACUGACACUAACCCUCCCCACAUGCAGUGCUUACUUACUCAGCAUUAAGGGUAAGGAUGGUCUGAGACUGAGUACAGUACCCGUAUGUGAAGGAUCAUUCUGCUACUCUGUUUUCACACUGUACUGUAGUGGCUUGCGUCGUGCGAUAUGACUGUGCUGUCGCCUGUCGAUGUCAACCCUGGGUUGGGGUCAACACCAUUCCACUUCAGUUUUUUUGGAACUCACUGAAAUUCAAUUAAUGCGUUUUGGAUUUCCUUUCCAAAUUAUGAAUCGAAUUUCAAUUCAGUUCCUCAACUUGACUGUACUGAAAUGCAAUUGAUCCCAAUCCUGCCCGCUUCCACUCUUUUCCCCACCCCACGUAAUGUGUUGUUCAUAACUUUGAGCAAUCUCCAACGAGUGAGCCUUACCUCCUCCUCUGUUCCCCCUCAUCUUUGACAGAUACCAAUUUUGUCCUUGGGAAUGCUCAGAUUGUGGACUGGCCCAUCGUCUACAGCAACGAUGGCUUCUGCAAGCUGUCGGGGUACCACAGGGCGGAAGUCAUGCAGAAGAGCAGCACAUGCAGGUACAAUACACUGCCUUCCAUCUGUUUUGUAGAUAUCUCAUUUAUUUAACAGCAACACUGAACAAUAAUCACCUACAUCUCAGAGAACACUGAGGUACAAUAGUGCCAGAGUUAGCUUGCUUGUACUUGUUGUUGGUUCUUCUGCUGCUCCAGCUCAUUUUACUCCAUACUUCCUACAUACAGAAUUAUUUUCAGAUACUGUAGAUUCAAUCACCAGAUUCUUUGCUUUGUCGAUAGCCUCUUUUACUUCAACCCAACAGCAUUUUAAAAUGAUGCAGAAAAAUUACAUUGAAAAGAAAAAUUGAGUAAAACAAGAGAAUCACCUUUCCUUGCCAAACCAAAGCACAUACUCUACAGCUAAUUCCACUGCGUUUAUCCCAGUCAGUAAAAAAAUAAGAAACAAAAGCCUAUUCAGAAUCUCCUAUUCAGACUCCGAAGGUGACUUGUUCAAUGUCAGCAAGCUCUGCUUGCUCAGCUCUAAACAAAGCCAGAUUAGUUGUUAUUGUGUGAAAAAGCAUGGGUGUUUUCAAAGCUCUUCUUACGCAUUUUAUAAUUGCUGGGAUGAAGGUAUUAUAUUCCUUAUUUAAGGUACUAUUAUCCGUUCUUGAAGUUCAAACUGAAGUUGUGAGAACAAUAAGCACAUCUUCCAUAUAAAAACAACUGGUAACUUGCCAUCAAGACACUUUUCACACUACUGAGCCGAACCAAGCCAAACUGUACUGGGCGGGCCUGGUUACGCACCACCAUAGUUGCUCGGACUGUGUUGGGAAGGAGAAGAAAACAUCUGAGCCAGCACAGUAUUGUUUGGGUCGGCCAUAUAGUGGGAAUCAGAGACAACAUUUCGGGAACCUUACGGUAACCUCUGUCUGGCCAUUCUAGCUGAGAAGAACCUCGGUCUGAAGCGAACUGUGCCGGCGUGUGAUAUGUUGAGACAUGUUCCUGUCAGGAGAGAUGUCAGAAGAAGCUAAUAGUCUUUGGGAGCCGUUGGGUCCUCACUCCUCUCGAGCAGCCCCCAAAAUAGUCACAUUAGAAUGACCCUGUCAUUCACAAUUCAAAGCUAACUGAACUCCACAGAGUUAUUUUUAGACACGCUGGAACAGACCGUACCUCGGGAUGACUGCAAUCAGUGGUGUGAAACCAGUGUGUUAAACCAGAGAGUGUUUUUUUAAAAUAUAUAUAUAUAUAUAUAUAUAUACACACACACACACACACACACACACACACACAGUGGGGAGAACAAGUAUUUGAUACACUGCCGAUUUUGCAGGUUUUCCUACUUACAAAGCAUGUAGAGGUCUGUAAUUUUUAUCAUAGGUACACUUCAACUGUGAGAGACGGAAUCUAAAACAAACAUCCAGAAAAUCACAUUGUAUGAUUUUUUAAAAGUAAUUAAUUUACAUUUUAUUGCAAGACAUAAGUAUUUGAUACAUCAGAAAAGCAGAACUUAAUAUUUGGUACAGAAACCUUUGUUUGCAAUUACAGAGAUCAUACAUUUCCUGUAGGUCUUGACUAGGUUUGCACACACUGCAGCAGGGAUUUUGGCCCACUCCUCCAUACAGACCUUCUCCAGAUCCUUCAGGUUUUGGGGCUGUCGCUGGGCAAUACGGACUUUCAGCUCCCUCCAAAGAUUUUCUAUUGGGUUCAGGUCUGGAGACUGGCUAGGCCACUCCAGGACCUUGACAUGCUUCUUACGGAGCCACUCCUUAGUUGCCCUGGCUUUGUGUUUCGGGUCGUUGUCAUGCUGGAAGACCCAGCCACGACCCAUCUUCAAUGCUCUUACUGAGGGAAGGAGGUUGUUGGCCAAGAUCUCGCGAUACAUGGCCCCAUCCAUCCUCCCCUCAAUACGGUGCAGUCGUCCUGUCCCCUUUGCAGAAAAGCAUCCCCAAAGAAUGAUGUUUCCACCUCCCAUGCUUCACGGUUGGGAUGGUGUUCUUGGGGUAGUACUCAUCCUUCUUCUUCCUCCAAACACGGCGAGUGGAGUUUAGACCAAAAAGCUCUUUUUUUUUGUCUCAUCAGACCACAUGACCUUCUCCCAUUCCUCCUCUGGAUCAUCUAGAUGGUCAUUGGCAAACUUCAGACGGGCCUGGACAUGCGCUGGCUUGAGCAGGGGGACCUUGCGUGCGCUGCAGGAUUUUAAUCCAUGACGGCGUAGUGUGUUACUAAUGGUUUUCUUUGAGACUGUGGUCCCAGCUCUCUUCAGGUCAUUGACCAGGUCCUGCUGUGUAGUUCUGGGCUGAUCCCUCACCUUCCUCAUGAUCAUUGAUGCCCCACGAGGUGAGAUCUUGCAUGGAGCUCCAGACCAAGGGUGAUUGACCGUCAUCUUGAACUUCUUCCAUUUUCUAAUAAUUGCGGCAACAGUUGUUGCCUUCUCACCAAGCUCCUUGCCUAUUGUCCUGUAGCCCAUCCCAGCCUUGUGCAGGUCUACAAUUUUAUCCCUGAUGUCCUUACACAGCUCUGUUCUUGGCCAUUGUGGAGAGGUUGAAGUCUGUUUGAUUGAGUGUGUGGACAGGUGUCUUUUAUACAGGUAACGAGUUCAAACAGGUGCAGUUAAUACAGGUAAUGAGUGGAGAACAGGAGGGCUUCUUAAAGAAAAACUAACAGGUCUGUGAGAGCCAGAAUUCUUACUGGUUGGUAGGUGAUCAAAUACUUAUGUCAUGCAAUAAAAUGCAAAUUAAUUAAUUAAAAAUCAUACAAUGUGAUUUUCUGGAUUUUUGUUUUAGAUUCCGUCUCUCACAGUUGAAGUGUACCUAUGAUAAAAAUUACAGACCUCUACAUGCUUUGUCAGUAGGAAAACCUGCAAAAUCGGCGUGUGUGUAUAUGUAUAUAUAAUAUAUAUAUAUAUACAUACACACACACACAAGAUUUGGACACACCUACUCAUUCAAGGGUUUUUCUUUAUUUUUACAUUAUAGAAUAAUAGUGAAGAUAUCAAAACUAUGAAAUAACACAUAUGGAAUCAUGUAGUAACCAAAUAAGUGUUAAACAAAUCAAAAUAUAUUUUAUAUUUGAGAUUCUUUGCCUUGAUGACAGCCUUGCACACUCUUGGCAUUUUCUCAACCAGCUUCACCUGGAAUGCUUUUCCAACAGUCUUGAAGGAGUUCCCACAUAUGCUGAGCACCUGUUGGCUGCUUUUCCUUCACUCUGCCGUCCGACUCAUCACAAACCAUCUCAAUUGGGUUCUGGUCGGGGAAUUGUGGAGGCCAGGUCAUUUGAUGCAGCACUCCAUCACUCUCAUUCUUGGUCAAAUAGCCCUUACACAGCCUGGGGGUGUGUUGGGUUAUUGUCCUGUUGAAAAACAAAUGAUAGACCCACUAAGCGCAAACCAGAUGGGAUGGCGUAUCGCUGCAGAAUGCUGUGGUAGCCAUGCUGGUUAAGUGUGCCUUGAAUUCUAAAUAAAUCAGUUUUUUUGUGCCUCUCAUAUGGCAUGACCUCAAAGUCCUUAAAGAGGGCCUUUUUACUGAAGAAUGUAUUCAUUUCAUAUGAUUGUGUUUUGCUUUUCAUGUAUAGUUUGACGUGUAGAUAUGUAUAGUAUAUUUUUUUAUUGCGGUGUUCAUGCAGGGCUCAUCUGCAAAAGAGACCGUGGUCUCUGCAUGGUUCCCUGCUUAAAUAAAGGUUAAAUAUAAUAAUAAUAAUAAUAAUAAUAUAAUAUGCCAUUUAGCAGACGCUUUUAUCCAAAGCGACUUACAGUCAUGCGUGCAUACAUUUUUUUAUUUUUUUUUGUGUAUGGGUGGUCCCGGGGAUCGAACCCACUACCUUGGCGUUAUAAGCGCCGUGCUCUACCAGCUGAGCUACAGAGGACCACAUAAAAUAGUGUGUGUUGCUACAGAGCUGAUAGUUGGCUGGCUGAUCUUUACUGUACCUUUCUUGGAAAGAAACUCUGGCCCUCUGUGUAGUUUCAUGAUCAGUGUGCCACCUGUGUGUUGCUGUAAACAGUUUUCUCCAUGCACCUGGUAAUGCGAUAGGUGUGUGAGUUACAGUACCUUUUCCCCAUGUUAACUGUGUCUUUUAAGAUGGAUAUUUUGUGCAUCGGAGAGUAGAAAUGGAUCAGUGUGCCAACGAAGGCCCUAAGAUAAUUGUUUCACUGUCCAUUUCACAUCAUAAAGCCCUUAACCUUAACUAGUUGAAUCAGGUGUGUUAGUGGUGGAACCCAUCUAAUACAGAUGUGGUCAUUUAAUUUGACUCUACAUUCUUUGGCGGCAGCACCUCUGGGACCAGCAGGCGUUUCACACGAUCAAUUCCACCUCUAGCGCCUGAGUCUAACAAAUUAACCAACACAUUAGUUGUUUAAUCAUCAAGCCCUUGACUAGUUGAAUCAGAUGGGCUCGACCAGAUCUAAUAGGUGAAACGUCCAGAGGACUAGCCGGUGUCUUAUAACACUUCUUUAGGUGAGAAUCAAGCCAAUCUCUGUGUGCCACACCUCUCUGCCCCCACUGGUGUAAUCUGGGAUGGAUCUGGGAUUUGACUCGCUGAUGUUGAGUCACUGUGAGGCUGAGGGACGGAAGUGUGUGUGUGUGUGUGUGUGUCUCGGAAGAGUCCCCUGACGGUGUCAUCUCUGUUAGCAAGCUUACUGACUGACAGCCCAUUCGGCCCACAGGGACAGACCUGUAAGGUGGGGAGAAAGUUUAGGCAAUGAACACUACCAGAGGGAGGGAGGGGGCAAGAGUAAUAGACAGACAGAGACACACACACACACAGAGAGACACAGGUAAGAGUUAGAGCGAGGGAGUAAUAGACAGAGAAGAUAUCAGAUUAUGACAUUGUUUGUGCAUCAUAAGAAACAUUGGUAAGUACACUUAACACACCCUGUUGUCCUCCUCAGUAAGGCAGUUCAAAAGAUUGACUACAUUUACACAGACAACAACAUUCAUGGGCUAACAGCCUCAUUUGACUGUUUCGCUCUAACUAACCCACUAACAUAUCUACACACUUGUUUUUAAUGCUUUUUGUCAUAAAAAAAUGUACACACUGUUUUGUGUUUUCUAGCUUCAUGUACGGGGAGCUCACAGACAAGGAUACUAGCGAGAAAGUACGGCUAACGUUCGAGAACUACGAGAUGAAUUCAUUUGAAAUACUCAUGUAUAAAAAGAACAGUAAGUACCAAUUGAAUAACAUUUAAAAAACAGCCUCAUCAUGUAAAUGUAUUCAGCCAUUUCUUAUUUACAUAUGUACUUAUGAAUAUGUACAAUGAUGUUCGAACAGCACGAACCCUGUAGAUAAUUUAAUUAAUUAUUUCUGACGCUGUAGAUCAGGGGCCGCAUCCAUAAAGUGUCAGAGUAGGAGUGCUGCUCUAGGAUCCGUUUUCUCGUAGAUCAUAAUGAAUCAGUGGGGACCUGAUCCUAGAUUAUCACUCCUACACUGACAUGCUUUGUGAAUACAGGCCCAGUUAUAACUCCCCAAAUAAGUUACUGUUGAUGGUUGUAUUUCCCAUUUGACUGAUUUUUGUAUCAAACAAAUACUGCUAUAGAUAAAGCUAUGAAUAUUCACCAGUGUAUGUUCUCUCAUCUCAGGAACGCCGGUAUGGUUCUUUGUGAAGAUAGCCCCAAUACGAAACGAACAGGAAAAAGUAGUGCUGUUUCUGUGCACCUUCAGUGAUAUCACAGCCUUUAAACAGCCAAUAGAAGAUGAAACCUCGAAAGGUGAGUGACAGAGUUUUUGAGUGGCAGCAGAGGAUGUGGUCCCACCUUAUUGGAUAGUCCCCUAUAUCAAAUCAAAUCACAUUUUAUUUGUCACAUACACGUGUUUAGCAGAUGUUAUAGCAGGUGUAGCGAAAUGCUUGUGCUUCUAGCUCCGACAGAUACAAAUCAGUCUUUAUUAUAAAAAUAACUUUUUAGGGUAGGCUGUGUGUUUUAUACUAAAAGUUUUACAAAAAAGUAUUAUAACAUUAUUAUUAUUAUAAAAAAUGUGUUUUGUCUAAAGCCUUCAUCAGGGUGUUGCUUUUUAUCGAAACACAUUGUUUUAUUAAUAAUAACACUCUGGCUAGUUAAUAAGUUCAAUCUCUAUCUUCUUUUGUAAAACCUAUUAGCACACUCAUUAUCUUCACACAGACCUGUUUGUUUUGUUGCCUCAGGUUGGGGGAAGUUCGCCCGGCUAACUCGUGCUCUGACCAGCAGUAGAGGGGUGUUACAGCAGCUGCAGCCUACUGUACACAGGGGAGAGAACGUCCACAAGCACUCCCGCCUAGCUGAGGUGCGCUAAUAUUUAUGUCUGUGAAUGUUUAUAACUCUCCUCUCAUAAAGCUAGCUAAGGCAUGCGUGUGGGUGGGGGAAGAUGUGUGAGCUUGUUGCCGUUCCAUUUGGCUAUGGGUGAGGCAUGUGCCCCUGUGCUGUGUAUCCAUUUGUCUCUGUCCUUUGUGAUUACAGAGAUGCACUGAAGUGAUAACACACAUGUACACUGAUAUACAGUGAGGGGGAAAAAAGUAUUUGAUCCCCUGCUGAUUUUGUACGUUUGCCCACUGACAAAGAAAUGAUCAGUCUAUAAUUUUAAUGGUAGGUUUAUUUGAACAGUGAGAGACAGAAUAACAACAACAAAAUCCAGAAAAACGCAUGUCAAAAAUGUUAUAAAUUGAUUUGCAUUUUAAUGAGGGAAAUAAGUAUUUGACCCCCUCUCAAUCAGAAAUGUCUGGCUCCCAGGUGUCUUUUAUACAGGUAACGAGCUGAGAUUAGGAGCACACUCUUAAAGGGAGCUUGUUACCUGUAUAAAAGACACCUGUCCACAGAAGCAAUCAAUCAAUCAGAUUCCAAACUCUCCACCAUGGCCAGAUUGUAGACCUACACAAGGCUGGAAUGGGCUACAAGACCAUCGCCAAGCAGCUUGGUGAGAAGGUGACAACAGUUGGUGCGAUUAUUCGCAAAUGGAAGAAACAAAGAACUGUCAAUCUCCCUCGGCCUGGGGCUCCAUGCAAGAUCUCACCUCGUGGAGUUGCAAUGAUCAUGAGAACGGUGAGGAAUCAGCACAGAACUUCACGGGAGGAUCUUGUCAAUGAUCUCAAGGCAGCUGGGACCAUAGUCACCAAGAAAACAAUUGGUAACACACUACGCCGUGAAGGACUGAAAUCCUGCAGCGCCCGCAAGGUCCCCCUGCUCAAGAAAGCACAUAUACAGGGCAGUCUGAAGUUUGCCAAUGAACAUCUGAAUGAUUCAGAGGAGAACUGGGUGAAAGUGUUGUGAUCAGAUGAGACCCAAAUUGAGCUCUUUGGCAUCAACUCAACUCGCCGUGUUUGGAGGAGGAGGAAUGCUGCCUAUGACCCCAAGAACACCAUCCCCACCGUCAAACAUGGAGGUGGAAACAUUAUGCUUUGGGGGUGUUUUUCUGCUAAGGGGACAGGACAACUUCACCGCAUCAAAGGGACGAUGGACGGGGCCAUGUACCGUCAAAUCUUGGGUGAGAACCUCCUUCCCUCAGCCAGGGCAUUGAAAAUGGGUCGUGGAUGGGUAUUCCAGCAUGACAAUGACCCAAAACACAUGGCCAAGGCAACAAAGGAGUGGCUCAAGAAGAAGCACAUUAAGGUCCUGGAGUGGCCUAGCCAGUCUACAGACCUUAAUCCCAUAGAAAAUCUGUGGAGGGAGCUGAAGGUUCGAGUUGCCAAACGUCAGCCUCGAAACCUUUAAUGACUUGGAGAAGAUCUGUAAAGAGGAGUGGAACAAAAUCCCUCCUGAGAUGUGUGCAAACCUGGUGGCCAACUACAAGAAACGUCUGACCUCUGAUUGCCAACAAGGGUUUUGCCACCAAGUACUAAGUCAUGUUUUGCAGAGGGGUCAAAUACUUAUUUCCCUCAUUAAAAUGCAAAUCAAUGUAUAAAAUUUUUGACAUGCGUUUUUCUGGAUUUUUGUUGUUGUUAUUCUGUCUCUCACUGUUCAAAUAAACCUACCAUUAAAAUUAUAGACUGAUCAUUUCUUUGUCAGUGGGCAAACGUACAAAAUCAGCAGGGGAUCAAAUACUUUUUUCCCUAUUUGUGUGUGUAUAUGUAACAAUCUGUAAGCAACCUUUUAAGUGAACUGUAACCUCUCGGUUUACCCCAAACCCUUCUUUGAUUUUAUUCCAUCAAACUCAUCAAAGAUAUACAAUCUGCAGGUCCUCCAGCUGGGCUCAGACAUCCUCCCCCAGUACAAGCAGGAGACGCCCAAAACGCCGCCCCACAUCAUCCUACACUACUGCGCCUUCAAGACCACCUGGGACUGGGUCAUCCUCAUCCUGACUUUCUACACCGCCAUCAUGGUUCCUUACAACGUCUCCUUCAAGGUCUGAACUAUUGAAUUACAUAUAAUUUAUCCCUGACCAAGAUGGCUGCCAUUAUUUACAUUUUAGUCAUUUAGCAGACACUCUUAUCCAGACCUAUUUACAGUUAGUGCAUUCAUCUUAGUAUAGCUAUGUGAGACAGCCACAUGUCACAGUCGUAGUAAAUACAUUUUUCCUCAAUAAAGAAGUUGUCAGUGCUAGUUGGAAAAAACAGUAUAUUAUCAGCAUAUUCUAGAGCUAUGCAGGCUUGUGACAUCUACCACUAUUUUAUAUUAUAAAGUGUCUCUACUCUACAAAAAUAUAGAUCCUCUCCUGUCCUCAGGGAUACAAUAUAGAUGUAAUAACUUUGUAAUAAUUUAUUAUAAAUGUAAUAAUCUUGGGGAUGUAUAAUAGAUUGUCUCCUCUACUGUAACACAUAUUCUCUGCUCUACUACUGUACUAUCACAAAGGUUCUCUCCUCCUCCUCCAGACCAAGCAGAACAACGUGACGUGGCUGGUGGUGGACAGCAUUGUAGACGUCAUCUUCCUGGUGGACAUCGUGCUCAACUUCCACACUACCUUCGUGGGCCCGGCCGGAGAGGUCAUCUCCGACCCCAAGCUCAUCAGGAUGAACUACCUGAAGACCUGGUUCGUCAUCGACCUGCUCUCCUGCCUGCCUUACGACGUCAUUAACGCCUUCGAGAAUGUGGAUGAGGUCAGUAUUGUGUGUGUGUGUGUGUGGUGGGUGUUAUCAUCGACCUGCUCUCCUGCCUGCUCUAUGACCUCAUCAACAUCUUCGAAAAUGUGAACGAGGUCAGUCAGGUCUGACAAUAUAUUGGUAAUUUAGCUUUUCCAGCUUUUAUAGUUGAGUAACAUUUUGUUUAUGCCAUGUAGACAACUAGAAUUUAUCAUGCUCUUCCUCUGGAGGAUGCGUGGACAGCGGCACAUACUAAACAUUCAGUGGGGCUUUAACCAAUAACCCUGGUGUUGCCACUGCCAGCACCAUGACCUAGUAAUCUAAGCCCAGUGAGCCAUUUGAACCAGCCAUUGAAAUAUUGAAAUGUCAGGGGUUUUCCUUUCCUGUCUGACGAUUUUAAAGUUAUGUUUGGCUAAUGACAGGAACUACGGUCCUAAUCCUGAUGUCCUUACCCCUCCAGAAACCCAACACAGCCUUUUUUCAAUCUCUUCCUGACAACCCAGAGCUCGGCCUAUUAUAUUGGCUUAUAUUACUGGAUGUCUGUUUGUGUGUGUUAUUCUGUGUCUAUAUAUUAGUUCAACCUGUUAACCAGUUUAUAUUACUGGAAGAGGCUCCAUUUGAAGGGCCACAAACCUGCCAGUGUUUAUUUGUGUUAUGGCAGCCGUAUUGAGUUAUUAGGGCGGGCUGUUGGUUUUAAUAUGUGACGCAGUCGUGUGUGUGUGUGUGUUUGUUUCGAGAUUCUGUUUUCAGUUGUGUGUGUGUGUGUGUGUGUGUGUGUGACUGUAUUCACACAGUAAAUAAAGACCCCUCUGGUUUUUGCUGUUCUCUGAGUCUCCAUGUUUACGACCAGAAGCUGCUCACCAAGAGAUAAGGAGGGAAUGCAAGGAAAAGGAGGAUUCUCUUUCAACAGAAAGAAAAUAUCCUCCAAAGAGAAGCAUAUUAGCCCCGUCCCUCCUACCCUCCACACACAUUAUUAAAUGAUGGAAUUAAACCCAUUUAUCCAUGAGUGUUAAAGCAUUUAGUCUCAGGCAAGUCCCUUGCAGAAAAACCACAUGAUUUCACAUGUGGAAAAUCUAAUGAUUUCACAUGAAAUUUCACAUGUGAAAUCAUGUUAAAAUGUGUUUUUUGGAGAACUUUACAUGUGAUCAUGUUUUCACAUGUGUAGAUUCAUGUUCUCAUGUCACCCCGGUCCUCCGCACACUCCACUGGCUUCCAGUUGAGGCUCGCAUCUACUACAAGACCAUGGUGCUUGCCUAAGGAGCUGUGAGGGGAACGGCACCUCCUUACCUUCAGGCUCUGAUCAGACCCUACACCCAAACGAUGGCACUACGUUCAUCCACUUCUGGCCUGCUAGCUCCCCUACCUCUAUGGAAGCACAGUUCCCGCUCAGCCCAGUCAAAGCUAUUCGCACCCCAAUGGUGGAACAAGCUCUCCCACGACGCCAGGACAGCGGAGUCACUGACCACCUUCCGGAGACACUUGAAACCCUACCUCUUUAAGAAAUACCUGGAAUAGUAUAAAGUAAUCCUUCUUCCCCCACACCAAAAAAAUAAAUAACUUGCUAUCAUAAGUUGAAUGCACCAAUUUGUAAGUCGCUCUGCAUAAGAGCGUCUGCUAAAUGAUGUAAAUGUAAAUCACAUGUUAUCACAGUAACUUCAUAUAAGAUCACCUGAUCACAUUAAAACAUGUGUUUUUGUAACACUUCACGUGUUCACAUGUGAAAUUCAUAUGUUUUUUCCUUAAGGGGUAUUAUCACUCCGACUGCUGCAGCAAUAGGAAAUAUACACUGAGUUUACAAAACAUGACCUGCUCUUUCUAUGACAGACUGACCAGGUGAAUCCAGGUGAAAGCUAUGAUCCCUUAUUGAUGUCACUUGUUAAAUCCACUUCAAUCGGUGUAGAUGAAGGGGAGGAGACAGGUUAAAUAAGGAUUUUUAAGCCUUGAGACAAUUGAGACAUGGAUUGUGUAUGUGUGCCAUUCAGAGGGUGAAAGGGCAAGACAAAAUAUUUAAGUGCCUUUGAAUGGGGUAUGGCAGUAGGUGCCGGGCGCACCGGUUUGUGUCAAUCACUGCAACACUGCUGGGUUUUUCACGCUCAACAGUUUCCCGUGUGUGUCAAGAAUGUUCCAUGACCCAAAGGACAUCCAGCCAACUUGACACAACUGUGGGAAGCAUUGGAGUCAACAUGGGCCAGCAUCCCUGUAGAACGCUUUCGACACCUUGUAGAGUCCAUGCCCCGACGAAUUGAGGCUGUUCUGAGGGCAAAGGGGGUGCAGCUCAAUAUUAGGAAGGUAUUCCUAAUGUUUUGUACACUCAGUGUAUUAUUGCUGUCAUUUUAAAUAUAUGAAGUGCUAUGCUUUCCAAACGCAAACAUAUUUUUUUGUUAUUUAGGGUCAGUCUCCUUACCAGAUAAUUCUGUAGUAUGUCAGUAGUCCCACAAUACCAUGGGGAUGAUGGUAUCAAUAGAUUUGGAAACACCUGUUUCAGAUCUGUAAGUCUCAGGUAAACGUGUCUCAGAGGCACACGGUUGGGUUCCAUUUCAAUUCCGUCAAUUAAUGAAGUAAACAAAGUGCUUUUUUUUUUUAAGUCCCAGAGUGUCUUGGGUAUGAGUUCCAGACAUUUAUGAGUUCUUAAUCUGGGAAACCCAGAACAAAAAUCUUGCGAAAUUACGUCAGAUGCUCGAUGUAGUUCUGGGAGAAGACGUGUUAGAGAAAACAUACUAGAAUGAGGAGUGGAAACAGCGUUAGUGUGGGCAAGUCUAUGGGCCAAAUGUCUCCCUUUUGGAACAUUUGAAAGAGAGAAACACCUGCGAAUCAUGAUUGGUCCAAAUGAUUAGUGGCAAAAAAUCUGCAUACCAAAACAUAAUUCCUCAUUAGUCGUCACAUCCCACAGUCUGUUGACAGACACUAAGAUACCAGUUAUGUCUGUCUCUUAUCCUCUUAGCCUUUGAAGUGAGCUGGCUGACAUGCAUUUUUCUCUUCAGGGGAAGGGUUGGAGAACAGAUCAGGGUCACUGAGGGUAAUUAGUCAUAUUGCCCCCUCCAGUACUACCUUGUGAAGAAGAUCACAUAAAAUGGCGCUGGGAGAAAAGAGUGCUAGCCUAAUGCUUUGAUGUGUUUAAAUGUGAAUUCUACCCCUAGCAGUCAGUACAGCAUUUGGUUUGGAGACUGACGUCUCACUGAAGUGCAGUGAAAUGCGUUGCUAGUUUCUUAACGUGCAAGGAGAGAGAUGCGAAGAGACUAAACAAAACAAAACAAAAUAUCUUUGUCCUUUCUCUCUUUUUCUCCCAUUUCUAUUGUUUUACUCUGGUUUGACGCUAUAAUUAUGUGUCAGGGGAUUCGGGAUUUCUCCUGUCAUGUAAAUGAGCUCUCUGGUGGAGGGGAUAACUGCCGUACCAUGGUGUUAGCGCAGCUAGCCAGCCGCACAGCUACAGACAUAGAACUAGAAUUAGCAUAGCCUUCAAAGUGUAGCUGUAGUGUUAGCAGCGCCGCUAGCCAGACGUGCAGCUACAGGGCUGGAUCAAAUUAGAUAUUAGCAUAGCGCAGCCGUAUAGCCAGUUACAGCAUGGGAUCAAAUGAGAUAUCAGUGUAGCCUUAGCAUUAGCAGCACAGCUAGCCAGGCAUUACAGGACUAGCUCAAAUGAGCUCACUGUGUAGACAUUAGCCAGUGAAACCAUUAGCGUUAGCCAGGAAGAAGAUGUAUGAACAUAGGCCAACCAAAGUGUGAUUGGCUAUGCAGAGGAAUAUGUACGUAGGCCUACACAUAUACAAAGAGUACAUCUCAGAUGUGUGUGUGUGAGAGAGAGAGAGGUCUAACAUUAAUAGUAAUUGGUCAAAUGGAGCGCUCACCGAACAGGAAGCUGAACAGUCACCCCGGAGUCAUUUAAGAUGCUAUAGAUCCCUCUACAAUCAAUACACUGCAUUUCUCUUCUCCCAAUUUUAAGCCAAAUUGGCACCUCUAAGGUUUCUCACAGAGAAUCAAUCCCACAGCCAAUUAUUGUUAAAAACCGUGCCAAGUCUAUCUAAUGGAUAGUAACAUCCAAUGACACAUGAGAUUGGGGUUUCUUUGGAAGUCUUAAAUAUUGUUCAGGUCCAUUCUGGUCUCUAGCUAUUUCUCUUGACAGAUCUGAGUCUGUAUUCAGAGUCUCCGAUAUAGGAACAGUUUAGCCUUUUUAGAUCAGAAUGAAUAAGAUUAAAUUGACAGUUGGGACUAUAUCUGCAAUAGAUCAACAUUCCUAUUCUGAGACGCUUAGUGAACACAGGCUCUGAAGUUAUUGGAGAGGGUCACUAGUUUUUUGUGUGUUUUUUUUCAAGCUUUCAGGGAGGGUUUAGGUAAAAUAUAUUUUGCUAUAGGGAUGGCCAUCCAUUGUCAUUUGAGAGGUCAGAUUUUUCUCCAUGCAACCCUUAUUAUAAAUAACGUUCACUCCCUUAGUGAAUACGGCUCCUGACACUAUUGUAUGUGUGAAAGCACAGGGUGUAAUAGAGGGUCAAUGCACGUAAAUGCUAUUGAAGCACCUUUUUUAGUUUGGUGAAUUAUAACGUUUAAUGCAUCUCUGGGUCACAUGGAGGGUUCAAGUGUCAACAGAUUUAGAGAUGGAUAACGUUACACUACUAGGCCUAUUGAUUACUCCGGUUACCUUCAUUAUUAGCAUGCACUGCACAAUGUGCACACCGUUCUCAUACACGGGUGCGCUUGCAUUCACAUGCACACUGUAGCUCCUAUAGGCCUAGGGCAGGGGUGUCAAACUCAUUCCACAGAGUGCCGAGUGUCUGCAGGUUUUUGGUUUUUCAUUUUAAUUAAGACCUAGACAACAAGGUGAGAGGAGUUCCUUUACUAAUUAGUGACUUUCAUUCAUCAAUCAAGUACAAGGGAGGAGCGAAAACCCCCAGACACUCGGCCCUCUGAGGAAUGAGUUUGACAUGUGGCCUAGGGCUACAAAGGGUUGCUACUGUCAGUUGUCAUUUAGGCAAACCAAACUGGACUCAAGUUGGGAGCCAGUACUGUGUGUGCGUGUGUGUGUGUGUGUGUGUGUGUGUGUGUGUGUGUGUGUGUGCCUACAUCUGUGCAAAAUGCUGUGGUAGCGUCCUGCGUGUCCCUUAGGGAGUUGUUGGUGGAUGAAGGACUUGGUGGUGUAAAGUGCUGCAGUGGUCUUUAACAGGCGGAUGCUAACAAGGCUGUGAGAGGCAUCAAGUCUAUUGUAUCUGCAGGGACAGCACUUUGUCGGCCUCUAGUCUUUCAGCUUCUCAGCUCGCGCCACGGUUAAUGCUGACAGACACCAGGAUAUUCACUGUCAGCCUAACGAGGCUCUGUCCAGCCAGCUGCUGUGGACAGGGGAAACGAGGCUCUGUCCAGCCAGCUGCUGUGGACAGGGGAAACGAUACAUAUACAUUUCUGUAUGACUGGGGAUUAAUGUGGUCUCACGUCAUUAAAGGUUCUGAUCAUCAAGUCAUUUUUGUACUUUUGGUUGUACAUUUGCUGAUGAACGAUUUGUGAAGCAUCUAUAUAGGCUUGAUAAAGGAUUUGUGACGCAUCUACUGUAUAUAGACUUGAUAAAGGUUUUGAAGCAUCUACAGUGCAUUCGGAAAGUAUUCAGACCCUUUGCUAUGAGACUUGAAAUUGAGCUCGGGUGCAUCCGGUUUCCAUUGAUCAUCCUUGAGUUGUUUCUACAACUUGAUUGGAGUCCACCUGUGGUAAAUUCAAUUUAUUGGACAUGAUUUGGAAAGGUACACACCUGUCUAUAUAAGGUCCCACAGUUGACAGUGCAUGUCAGAGCAAAAACCAAGCCAUGAGGUCGGAGGAAUUGUCCGUAGAACUCCGAGAAAGGAUUGUGUCGAGGCACAGAUCUGGGGAAGGGUACCAAAAAAUGUAUGCAGCAUUGAAGGUCCCCAAGAACACAGUGGCAUCCAUCAUUCUUAAAUGGAAGAAGUUUGGAACCACCAAGACUCUUCCUAGAGCUGGCUGCCCGGCCAAACUGAGCAAUCGGGGGAGAAGGGCCUUGGUAAUGGAGGUGACCAAGAACCCGAUGGUCACUGACAGAGCUCCAGAGUUCCUCUGUGGAGAUGGUAGAACCUUUUCAGAAGGACAACCAUCUCUGCAGCGCUCCACCAAUCAGGCCUUUAUGGUAGAAUGGCCAGACGGAAGCCACUCCUCAGUAAAAGGCACUUGACAGCUAGCUUGGAGUUUGCCAAAAGGCACCUAAAGACUCUCAGACCAUGAGAAACAAGAUUAUCUGGUCUGAUGAAACCAAGGUUGAACUCUUUGGCCUGAAUGCCAAGUGUCACGUCUGGAGGAAACCUGGCACCAUCCCUACGGUGAAGCAUGGUGGUGGCAGCAUCAUGCUGUGGGGAUUGUUUUUCAGUGGCAGGGACUGGGAGACUAGUCAGACAAAUGGAGCAAAGUACAGAGAGACCCUUGAUGAAAACCUGCUCCAGAGUGCUCAGGACCUCCAACUGGGGCAAAGGUUCACCUUCCAACAGGACAACGACCCUAAGCACACAGCCAAGACAACGCAGGAGUGGCUUCGGGACGAGUCUCUGAAUGUCCUUGAGUGGCCCAGCCAGAGCCCGGACUUGAACUUGAUCUAACAUCUAUGGAGAGACCUGAAAAUAGCUGUGCAGCAACACUCCCCAUCCAACCUGACAGAGCUUGAGAGGAUCUGCAGAGAAGAAUGGGAGAAACUCCCCAAAUACAGGUGUGCCAAGCUUGUAGUGUCAUACCCAAGAAGACUCGAGGCUGUAAUCGCUGCCAAAGGUGCUUCAACAAAGUACUUAGUAAAGGGUCUGCAUACUUAUGUAAAUGUGAUAUCUCAGUUGUUUAUUUAUAAAUUUGCAAACAUUUCUAAAAACCUGUUUUUGCUUUGUCAUUAUGGGGUAUUGUGUGUAGAUUGAUGAGGGGAAAAAAACAAUUUAAUCCAUUUUAGAAUAAUGCUGUAACGUAACAUAAUGUGGAAAAAAUCAAGGGUCUGAAUGCUUUCCGAAUGCACUGUAUAUCGGCAUGAUAAAGGAUUUGUGAAGCAUCUAUAUCAGCUUGAUAAAGGAUUUGUGAAGCAUCUAUAUACAGUAGGCUUAUUAAAGGAUUUGUGAAGCAUCUAUAUACAGUAGGCUUAUUAAAGGAUUUGUGAAGGCUUAAUUUAGCCAUUAAAGUUAUUAUAACAUUGUGGAGACCUCUACAUGCUUUAUACCUACAGGGGAUAAGUACAGCGUUACUAUGAGGUUUAGUUAGAAGGUUAGCUAACAUUCUAUUUGUUUUCUGUUAACCACAAACAUUCGCUAACGUUAGCUUAGUCUGUGGUGAACGAGAGUAUCUGUUUCAGGUCUAAACUGCCACUACAAAUAAUGAAGUGGCCAUGUAGACUUUCUAUUACAUGUACUAGGAAUAGCUACGUUUUUUCAGUUUGCAGCCAAAAAGUGACAGUAAUCUGAGGACGGAGUAGAGUUGCAAUCGUAUAGGCUGGAGCCUAAUCGAUCGAAGGAGGGAUUGAGAAUGGAUGACAACCCAAAUCAGAUGCCACACCCUUACAUAUUUUUGCUUACAAUCAUAUCAUGAAUAACCUGCAUAAUUGCACAUGUAUAACUUAAAAUGGUUUAAGUAUACAAGUGCUUUCCAUCAUUCUGUGCCCCAGAUCACACAUCAGAGGCCUCAACUCGUGACAAUCCGACCUUGAACUAGUUCAAGCUGCAGAACUACACUCUGUACCUAAAGUAGCAGAUGUUUCACUGUUCUCAUUGUUCAACUGAAAGUUGUAUCAGUUUCAUAUCAACCAACGGCUGCAAUGAUGCAUGUAUAUGGAAAUCAGAAUGACUAUAUAAUCUUGAGACAGAAUAACAGAAUAGUAAUUGUCUCUCUGCCUUUGAGCUGUUUGUCUUUUAUCCCCCAGGGUUAUUAUACCAUGCUACUCUGAUCACCAAACUGUAGACUGAAUUGCCAUGCAAUUCAUUAUGUACUAUGCCCUUGCGUCUAAGAUGUAACCUGCUCUUGCAUAUUGAAUGUAAAUGCAUGUAUACAGAAGAAUUCGGUAUUCAAUGUCUUACUUCGACCACCUCCAUGGCCUCGAGUCUCCCCUCUCCCCAGCCAAGUUAUCUUAUCAGAAAUUACAGGUCUACAAAUCCUUAAACUAUUUGCGGCUUCACUGUAAUAUUUUGGAAUAUAUUCAUUUCAAUUGGUCAACUGAAAUUGUUACUAGGUAACGUGUUCGUCGCAUUCCACCAUGCUCAAUAAAACACAGUAGUAAUAAAUAAAAAAAGUCUAACUGAGAGAAGAUUAGGUUUAGUGUCUUAACUUUUUGUCUUUUUUUUAUCACAUUAUCCUUUUUACAUUAAUAUCAUUUACCUAAUAAUUUGUACAUGUUUAAAGUCAUGGUUUUAUUUUUGCAAUCUUCUUGUCUUCUUUACUUCUGUUUUGAUCAUGCUCACUUCUUUUUUUCUUUUAUUUUCUUCCUCCCCCUGUUUUGUUCUUUGUUCUGUUUGCAUGGUCCCUCCUCCUCCUCUGCCUGUGUUUGUUUGUGGGACGUGAAGAACUGGAACCAUCGAGCUGUCACUCAAGUAGGCCUUUCAUUAUCAAACUCACUGAGUUGGUUUGGCUCAAAAUAUGAUGCAGUUGUGUUAAUCCUGGUGUAUGUUUGUACCUGAAGUAAUGGCUCUUAAAGUACAGGACCACCCUUCCGUUUCCAUAGAACUGAAACAUUCUUUCAACCUCUUGCUUCGCUCUCGCUCUCUCGCUCUCUCGCUCUCUCGCUCUCGCAGGGGAUUAGCAGUCUGUUCAGUUCCCUGAAGGUGGUCCGGCUGCUGCGUUUGGGCAGGGUAGCCCGUAAACUGGACCACUACAUUGAGUAUGGAGCUGCCGUCCUCGUCCUGUUGGUGUGUGUCUUCGGCCUGGCUGCCCACUGGCUGGCCUGCAUCUGGUACUGUUCUGUUAUGACUGAUUUGACUGUAUAUUAAAGGUAGACUCAGUGAAAUUAGAUGGCGAGAUGCAAGACUUUGCUCUCACACAAAGUAUCUGCGCAUGUGCACGGGUUCGCUUCACGCUGUUACAACAUGGUAGGUACGGUACCAAAACAGAGGAGAAGUUGAGCCUCGCACUUCAACCCUCUUAGUUGUUGCGGAAAUUGACCCACUAUGCUGUUGACGUUGUGCAUCUACGUCAUAUCGCUGAGUCUACCUUUAAUGUGUAAUGACAGUACUUCCCAACCCUCUCAUCCGGGACCACCAGACGUUGCACAUAUUUGCUGUAGCCCUAAACUGGCACACCUGAUUCAACUAGUCAAGCCUUGAUCAUUAGACAACAAAGAUGUAAACUGUCUGGUGAUCCCCGAUGGAGAGGGUUGGCAAAACCUGUUAUAGGAGUUAUUCAUGUGAUAAGAAGUCAUUAUAUAUGAUAAACUUUUAUCAUAUAUUAAUAUACAUUUUACAUUUACAUUUACGGACAUUUAAUAUAUGCAAUAAACUAUGACAGUAGCCAAAACAAUCUAGCUACUGUAUUUGUUAAUUGCAUAUUUCUUCAGUGUUUCUUAAUCCGUCCCCCUCUGAUCCCCAGCCGUGGCAUGCUUUUGGUCUACCACACCUAAUUUAAUUAAUCAAGAAGAUUAGUUGUGGAUUAGUGUUCAAGUUGAAUCAGAUGUGCUACUGGUGGAUUAGAAAAAAAUGCGAAGUGAAACGACUUGGGAGUCACUGAGUAACGGGUUAAAAACCAUCAUGCUCUGUAGUGUUGACAAUGUCAUGAGGGAGAAGUCUGUUUCUCACCAGCAUUGACAUGUGUUAUUUUCUAACAUUAGUCUUCCUCCUCUAAGCAAAGUGAACCAACCUCUGACGUGUUGUAGAGGUACCCUUAACCCUAACCCUAAACAUUUACGUCAUUUAGCAGACGCUCUUAUCCAGAACGCCUUACAGUUAGUGAGUGCAUACAUAAUUUUUCAUACUGGCCCCCUGUGGGAAUUGAACCCACAACCCUGGCGUUGCAAACGCCAUGCUCUACCAACUGAGCAAAAUCCCUGCCGGCCAUUCCCUCCCCUACCCUGGACGACGCAGGGCCAAUUAUGCAUAUACGCGGCCGGCUACGACAGAGCCUGGAUUCGAACCAGGAUCUCUAGUGGCACAGCUAGCACUGCGAUGCAGUGCAUUAGACCACUGCGGGAGGCCAAACAUAUCCCUUCCCUUACCCCUUAACCCCUACCCCUAAAGCUAAUCCCUACCCCUAAACUUAAACCUAUCCCUUCCCAUCCCCCUUAAACCUAACCCUUAACCAUAACCCCUGCCCCUAAACCUAAACCUAACCCCUACCCCUAAACAUAAACCUAUCCCUUCCCCUACCCCUAAACCUAACCUCUACCCCUUAACCAAAAUCCCUACCCCUAACAUGGUUAUUUCUCUUCUCAACCUAAUGGGUAUCACCUGGUUGGAUAUUGUCUAACUAGGCUUUAACAAUAAAGGAUGCGUUUUUGAAGCAAACUUCCAAUGUCCUACCAAGAGUGGCUGAAUAUAUUUUUUAUCUUGACUGACUAUAACAGGUACAGUAUUGGUGACUAUGAGGUGAUAGACGAGGAAACGGGCAUCCUGCGGACAGACAGCUGGCUGUACAUGCUGGGGGAGACGGUGGGCUCUCCAUACCGCUUCAACGCCAGCGGGACAGGGAAGUGGGAGGGCGGCCCCAACAAAGACUCUGUCUACAUCACAUCUCUAUACUUCACCAUGACAUCUCUGACCAGUAUAGGGUUUGGCAACAUCGCCCCCACCACCGACGGAGAGAAGAUCUUCGCUGUCGCCAUGAUGAUGAUUGGA